AUAGAUCAAUAUCUUGUGUUAUCUGUAAGGAAAAUACAGCUGAUAUUAGCAAAUGUGAUGCAAUACAUGAGGUAUGUAUGUUUGUAGGCUGUUUAAAAGCAUGUUCACCUCCUUUCUUUUAUCCAGUCAUAUACAUCUUUUCUGGCUUAACCAUUGCCAUUUCCUAGGAAUUUAUAUUGUCUUCUUGCUUGGAAAACCACCAGUGGAUGCCUGAAAUAACUCAUUUGUCAUUUGACCUUGUAAAAACAUUUUCUAGUCUUGUAUUGAGUACCAGAAGCAGAGAUUCUUUCACUUGUGCUUCUAUUCAGACUUUCCAAUGUAACAUUUUAAACUUGAACAAUCAUAUUAGUUCAGUUUUAUUAAAAAAAAACAUAACUUUAGAAGCCUCACAUUCAAAUGGUUGAAAUCAGCAUUUUUUACAUGACAAGUUUUUUUACUUGUGGCCAUCAUUUAUAUGACUUGCUGAACAGUUCCUUUUCUCUAAUUGUGUAGAAAUUGAAUCACUUCUGUGGAGAUGAGUUGCACAGGGCCUAGGACAAACACUUGUGCGUGGUCAGAAGAUCUAGCCAUCAUGUUCCAGUUCCUAGACCCUACCCCCAACAAUGCUCCAGGUAGCCUCGGCUCUCAGGCAUUUAUCCAUUUUGAACUAAUGGAGAUGCACAGGGCACCAGUACAGGAUCUAUCUCCCCCGUGGAUGUCUAAGAGACCUCCCAGAGCCUUCCCAACACACACCUCACAUUGCCAAGGCGCCAGUCCUACAGGAGGAAGCAUCCGUCUCAGUUGGGCUUUAUGCCUCCUUCCUCCUCCCUUCUACCUCCAUUCUCUUUUAUGCCUUUUUCUUUUAAUGUUAUCUGGGGAGAUCCAAUUACUGUUCAUUUCUUUUCUCUCUCUUGUUUAUUGGAUAGAGUUCCUUGUUUUAUCAUUCAAAUUAUAUUAAAUUACAAAAUAAAAAUUAUCAGAUAGUCUUUAAUUUCAAAGGACUUGCUCUCACUCAAUGAUUUAGAUAUUUCACAACAGGAUAAAUAUUGAUUUUCAGC